GCCCAGGCUUAUUCCAGCAGCGGACUCCAGGAGCCGCUGCUUGCAUCUUCCCGGCUUUCCGCUAAACUCCGUCUCUUCUUCCAAAAUCCCCAUCUUGGCGGACACUGCAUAGGGGAGCCCGCCCGAGCCCGAGGUCGAGAUGGAGCUUGAAGAGGACCGCAGUGGAAGAGCAGGGAAGAACUCGAAGAUGGGCAAAAAAAGUAAAAAAGAGAAGAAAGAAAAGAAACAAGUUGCCAGUAUAUUGACAAUGUUUCGCUAUGCAGAUUGGCUCGACAAGUUGUAUAUGCUGAUAGGAACUUUGGCUGCCAUUAUCCAUGGAAUUGCACUCCCGCUUAUGAUGCUGGUGUUUGGAGAUAUGACAGAUAGCUUUGCAAAUGUAGGAAAUUUUCCAGAAAACACAACUAUUGCAAGUUUACCGAAUAGAACAGAUCUCUUGAAAAAUUUGGAGGACGAAAUGACCACGUACGCCUACUAUUACACUGGAAUUGGUGCUGGUGUGCUUAUUGUCGCCUACGUGCAGGUUUCAUUUUGGUGCCUGGCAGCUGGGAGACAAAUCCACAAAAUUAGACAGAAGUUUUUUCAUGCUAUAGUGAAUCAAGAGAUAGGCUGGUAUGAUGUGCAUGAUAUUGGGGAGCUUAACACCCGGCUCACAGAUGAUGUCUCCAAGAUUAAUGAAGGAAUUGGUGACAAGAUUGGAAUGCUCUUUCAGUCAUUAGCAACAUUUUUUGGUGGUUUUAUAGUUGGAUUUACACGUGGUUGGAAACUAACCCUUGUGAUUUUGGCCAUCAGCCCUGUUCUUGGAGUGUCAGCUGGUAUUUGGGCAAAGAUAUUAUCCUCAUUUACUGAUAAAGAACUCCACGCUUAUGCGAAAGCUGGAGCAGUUGCUGAAGAAGUCUUAGCAGCUAUUAGAACUGUGAUUGCAUUUGGAGGACAAAAGAAAGAGCUCGAAAGGUACAAUAAAAAUUUAGAAGAAGCUAAAAGACUUGGGAUAAAGAAAGCCAUCACAGCCAACAUUUCCAUAGGGGCUGCCUUCCUGCUUAUGUAUGCAUCAUAUGCUCUGGCAUUCUGGUACGGGACCUCCUUGGUCAUCGCAGAGGAAUAUUCUAUUGGACAAGUGCUCACUGUCUUCUUUUCUGUGUUAAUUGGGGCCUUUACUGUUGGACAAGCAUCUCCACAGAUUGAAGCCUUUGCAAAUGCAAGAGGAGCAGCUUAUGAAAUCUUUAAUAUAAUUGAUAAUAAGCCAAGUAUUGACAGCUUCUCGACGAGUGGACACAAACCAGACAAUAUUAAAGGAAAUUUGGAAUUCAAAAAUAUUCACUUCAGUUACCCGUCUCGAAAAGAUGUUCCGAUCUUGAAGGGCCUCAAUCUCAAGGUGCAGAGCGGGCAGACAGUGGCCCUGGUUGGGAGCAGUGGCUGUGGGAAAAGCACCACCGUCCAGCUGCUGCAGAGGCUUUACGACCCCACAGAGGGCGUGGUCAGUAUCGACGGGCAGGACAUUCGGACCAUAAAUGUGAGGUAUCUGCGGGAAAUCAUCGGUGUGGUGAGUCAGGAACCUGUGUUGUUUGCAACCACGAUCGCGGAAAACAUUCGCUAUGGACGAGAAAAUGUCACUAUGGAGGAGAUUGAGAAAGCUGUCAAGGAAGCCAACGCUUAUGACUUUAUCAUGAAACUGCCUCAUAAAUUUGACACCUUGGUUGGAGAAAGAGGGGCCCAGCUGAGUGGUGGGCAGAAACAGAGAAUCGCUAUUGCCCGUGCCCUGGUUCGCAACCCCAAGAUCCUCUUGCUGGAUGAGGCCACGUCAGCCUUGGACACAGAAAGUGAAGCGGUGGUUCAGGCUGCUCUGGAUAAGGCUAGAGAAGGUCGGACCACCAUUGUGAUAGCUCAUCGCUUAUCUACAGUUCGUAAUGCAGAUGUCAUCGCUGGGUUUGACAAUGGCAUCAUUGUUGAGAAAGGAAAUCAUGAUGAACUCAUGAAAGAGAAAGGCAUUUACUUCAAACUUGUCACAACACAGACAGCAGGAAAUGAAAUUGAGCUAGAAAGUGAAGGUUGCGAAUCCAAAAAUGAAAUUGAUAAUUUAGACAUGGCUUCAAAAGAUUCAGGAUCCAGUUUAAUAAAAAGAAGAUCAACUCGCAGAAGUGUCCGUGGACAAGACCAGGACAGGAAGCUGAGUAUGAAAGAUGCCUUGGGUGAAGAUGUACCGCCUGUUUCCUUUUGGAGGAUCCUAAAGCUGAAUUCAACCGAAUGGCCUUAUUUUGUGGUUGGUGUGCUUUGUGCCAUUAUAAAUGGAGCCUUGCAGCCAACAUUUUCAGUAAUAUUUUCUAGAGUUGUAGGGGUUUUUACAAGAGAUGAUGAUCCUGAAACCAAACGGCAGAACAGUAACUUGUAUUGCAUAUUGUUUCUGGUCAUUGGAAUUAUUUCUUUUAUUACAUUUUUCCUUCAGGGCUUCACAUUUGGCAAAGCUGGAGAGAUCCUCACCAAGCGGCUUCGAUACAUGGUUUUCAAAUCCAUGCUGAGACAGGAUGUGAGCUGGUUUGAUAACCCUAAAAAUACCACUGGAGCAUUGACCACCAGGCUCGCCAAUGAUGCUGCUCAAGUUAAAGGGGCUACAGGUUCCAGGCUUGCUGUCAUUGCCCAAAAUAUAGCAAAUCUUGGGACAGGAAUCAUCAUAUCCUUAGUCUAUGGCUGGCAGCUAACACUUUUACUCUUAGCAAUUGUACCCAUCAUCGCAAUAGCAGGAGUUGUUGAAAUGAAAAUGUUGUCUGGACAGGCACUAAAAGAUAAGAAAGAACUAGAAGGGUCUGGAAAGAUUGCUACUGAAGCAAUAGAAAACUUCCGAACUGUCGUUUCUUUGACUCGGGAACAGAAGUUUGAAAACAUGUAUGCCCAGAGCUUGCAGGUCCCAUACAGAAAUGCUCUGAAGAAAGCACAGAUCUUUGGGAUCGCAUUCUCCUUCACCCAGGCAAUGAUGUAUUUUUCCUAUGCUGCUUGUUUCCGGUUUGGUGCCUUCUUGGUAGCUCGUGAUCUCAUGACUUUUGAAAAUGUUCUGUUGGUCUUCUCAGCUAUUGUCUUUGGUGCCAUGGCAGUUGGGCAGGUCAGUUCGUUUGCUCCUGACUAUGCCAAAGCUAAAGUGUCGGCAUCGCACAUCAUCAUGAUCAUUGAAAAGGUCCCCGAGAUUGACAGCUACAGCACGGAAGGCCUAAAGCCUGAUAUGCUGGAAGGAAAUGUGGCAUUUAAUGGAAUUGUGUUCAACUAUCCCACCCGACCUAACAUCCCAGUGCUUCAGGGACUGAGCCUCGAGGUGAAGAAGGGCCAGACGUUGGCCCUGGUGGGCAGCAGUGGCUGCGGGAAGAGCACGGUGAUCCAACUGCUCGAGCGCUUCUAUAACCCCCUCUCCGGAACAGUGUUUCUAGAUGGUAAAGAAAUAAAGAAACUGAAUGUCCAAUGGCUGCGAGCACAACUGGGCAUUGUAUCCCAGGAGCCCAUCCUAUUUGACUGCAGCAUUGGAGAGAACAUCGCCUAUGGAGACAACAGCCGGGUCGUGUCCCAGGAUGAGAUCGAGAGGGCGGCCAAGGAGGCCAACAUCCACCAGUUCAUCGAGUCGCUGCCUGAUAAAUACAACACCAGAGUAGGAGACAAAGGAACUCAGCUGUCCGGUGGUCAGAAGCAACGAAUCGCCAUAGCCCGUGCCCUUGUUAGACAGCCUCAUAUUUUGCUUCUGGAUGAAGCAACAUCAGCUCUGGACACAGAAAGUGAAAAGGUUGUCCAGGAAGCCCUGGACAAAGCCAGAGAAGGCCGCACCUGCAUUGUGAUCGCUCACCGCCUGUCCACCAUCCAGAACGCAGACUUAAUCGUGGUGAUUCAGAAUGGCAAGGUCAAGGAGCAGGGCACCCACCAACAGCUGCUGGCCCAGAAAGGCGUCUACUUCUCAAUGGUCAGUGUGCAGACUGGAGCAAAGCGCUUGUGACCUGUGACUUUGUAAGAUGUGAAAUACUUUUUUAAUAUUUGUAUUAAAAUAUGACAUUUAACAAAAGUUUAAAAGAAAACAGUUACCAAAUAGCUAGUUACCUAUUUAACAUUUGUUACAAUAAAAAGCAUUUAGUCAAGUUUAGUCUUCAGGCAAUUCAUAAUUAAAGGAACAGAAAUAGAUACAUCAUCAAAUGAAGGUUAACUGUUUUAAUUGCAUUAUAAAAUCCAUCAAAGAAGUAUAAAUAAAUGUUUGAUAGUAUGUAAUUUUAUUUAUACCUUCUCAUUUGUAACUAACUGAUUGCUUGUUAAACAAUUAUGUGUUUGAAAUGUUUGUAUAAAGUAU